AUGGCCACAGGAGAUGACAGCGCUAAUGAGCCUCAGCUCAGAGGCAAAAACAGGCAAAACCUCCAGGAGAUGCUAGCAGAAGUGGGAUUGUCUGCUGAAUCCUGGCUGCCUAAAUUUGAGGAACACCUGGCUGUGAUCUGUGACCAGCCCUUAAGCAACUUAAAAGAAAAAGACCUCCAGAAGCUGAAAUCCCAGGCACAACACCCAUGGGAGAAGGUGGCUCUGGAGAAGCUGUUUGACCUCUCUCAGUCAAUGAGUCCUCCAGGGUUGCAGGAGUCUCCCGGGGAGAGGAUGAAGAAAAGGCAGAGGCAGGCAGAACAGGCACUUCAUGCGCUGAGGGACUUGCAGUCAGAGGGGAAGCACAGACAAGAAGAGGCAGUGAGAAGGAAAGAAGCAGAGCUGAGACAGGCACUGGAGAUCCCUGAGGAGUGCUGGCCCCUGCCUGAAGUGCCCCUAAGAGAAGUCACUGAGGACAUGCAGGGACAUCUCAGUCACAUGGAGCAGACACUGGCCCACAGGCAAAACCUCCCAGACAGAGAUCUGGUAAGAUGGGCCUCUGGAGGACUGGCCCUGCAGGGAAUUUACAAGACCAGCCACCAAAGAGACCUGAUAGAAAGGAGAGAAGAGCUACUCAGUGUCCCCAGGGAAUUCUCACUCUUUGGUCCAGAGCAGGGCACAUGGAUAGAAACAAAGGAAUUUACAUCUUUCCAAGAACAAGCCAUGUUGACCCAGAUUAUAGAGAAGAUGGGCUUCAGUUUAACCUCCUCAGUAAAAGGUGGAGGCUGGGGAUUUAGUUUAGAAGGUGGUAUGGAUCAAAGCAAACAGUCAGAAUCCAUGGACACCCACCAAUCACAUUCAGAGCACUCUUAUUUCUGCUCAUGCAAGUUCAACUAUAUCUCCCUGGCCACCUGCCACUUUCCCAUUGAUCAGCUCCAACUUUCCAAUGCUGCUCUCCAAGAACUGAAAAGCAUUGAAGAACUUCUGAGUCAGGCUAUACUCCAAGAUAGAGGCCCCUUACUGAGGCACAGGACUGAAAGCUUCUUCCACAGGUUUGGCUCUCAUGCUAACCAGGGCCCUGUGCAUCUGGGAGGAAUCUACUGCUGGAAGGCCAUUGCAGAGGGUUUCAAAAGUGAGCAACUGACUGAUGUGAAGCAGCAGGCAGCAGAGGCCCUGGAUAUAUACAUAAGGGGCAGCUACAGUGGCUUUGGAGUUAAAGUUGCUGCAAGUAUGAAUAUGUCAGACUCACAUUCAAAAACAGCCCCUCAGAAAAGAACUUGUCAAAACCUUCAAACCGAAGUUCAGUUAUCUGUGGCCCAGACAGGUGGGCCACCAGAAGCUGAAGGAAUUGUCCAGUGGAAAGCUGGCCUUGUUGCCAGCAAUCAAACCUGGUCUGUCAUUGACCGAGGACUUCAGCUGGUUCCCAUUUGGGACAUUAUCCUCUCCAAUCACAGAAGUGAUUUUAGGGACCCCCUUCAGGUGGCUAACUGCCUGAAAGACAACUACACUGCACUGACUGGCCUCCCUGCUCAAAUCCAGGAAGGAGAGGAAUUACUUAGUGCUGGAAAAGAAGCGAGGCUUUUUCUAGAAGAUGUGAAAUCUUGGGAAGUUUCUGAUCCUGAAGAGCAGCUAAAGAAGCUGAUAGAUUUCAUGCAAACAGUGAGUCAAAAAAUAAAAAGUUAUGACAUUUGGAUUAAUACUUGCCUCACAGACUGGGAUCUCCAGAAUUUUCUAAUAAACACUGUCAAUUUUUGCAAGGAGUCAUCCACUCAUAAAACUCAGUUUAUUAAAUCUCAAUUGUGCAGCCUUCUAGAACCUCAUGUCUACAAAGUGACAAACUUUCCUCAGGCACAGUCCAUCCUGCAGUGGAUCCAACAGUCAGAGCCAGAGGAAGAGCAAAUCAAAAUCACCCAAUUUUCUGAAUUCAUUAAAACCCUAAAAGAAAUUGAAGAAAACUUCAUUGUAGCUAAUGUCAAAUCUGAGUCCCCAGAAACAGUGAAGGAAUCUCAAAGAAAGGCCACAUACGAGGUCACCGUAGCUCUCAGCACCUUCUUGAAUCAUCUCCGAGAAGCAGAACAGCCAGACAUGCAACUCCUGUUGCUCUCCAUUGCAGCUGCUGCAGGCUACCAGUCAGCAAACAGUAUCUUUCAGCAUCUCCUUGGGCACAAUGAAUUAAAUUUCCUACUGGAUGAAAUACAAACUGUCCAACAUAAAUACCAGGAGCUCAAAAAUAUUCACAUGUAUAGAGCCCAGGCAUUCCUGAUGCUCACAGCUCUGACAGCAACAGUUGGAGUCAGAGCUAUUCCUCCAGAAGAGAAAACACAACGCUUGGCACUAAUAAGACAACACAUGGGACAAUUGUUGUCUACAGAAGUUGUACAUGUCCUCACAAAACAUGGAGCACAUCAUGACUGGGAAAAUCUAGAGAAAGAGUUGAGAUUACUCAUUGAUGGGGAUUAUAAGGCCACCAUCUCUUCUCUGCAAAUGGAUGAGGUAAAAAAACAAUUGCAAAGUCUCUGCCAUGAAAGGAAAGAAUCUUAUAAACAACAAAAUAAUGAAAACAACAAAAAGGAGGUGAUAGAAAAUGGGGCUUUUCUUGACUUACUCCAGCGUCUAGACCUAGAACAUUACUACCCAAAAAGGAUGAGCAGAACUGACUUCCACCUGAUCUACAAGACUUCCGUGUACAACACCCAGCCCAAAUCUGAACAGGAACUGCCCUUCUAUUUCCUACAAAAGCUACUGAUGCUGGACUAUGGAUUCAGACAUCUGGUCUUCAAAGAUGAUGAAAACAUAGAAAACCAGGUCUCUACUGGUUCUUCCAAUCAAGAAAUAGAGGCUUUUGAUCCAUAUGAAGAGGUCUUUGAAGACAGUGAUAAUCUCACUAAAUCUUCAGCCACUGAGUCUCAGCCCCAUAUCCACCCAAUGGAUAUCCAGAUGGCCAUUUUUCACUGUGCAGAUGAUCUUACCCGACAAUACAUUUUGGCAAAACUUUCCAUUUGCCAAUAUGCACUUCCCCUUGUUGUGCCAAAUCCCAACACUUCUCAGAUUGAAUUCUCUCUCUGGUCUCUCAGGCAAAUUAGGAAAAGUUGGCAAGGUGCAAGUAAAUCACCACAGGACCAGAGCUACAGUCACAAGAAUCAGCCGAUGUGCAGUGUCUCUGCCCCCAUUGUGUCCUUCAUUAGAGUUGGAAAUGGCCUCUCUGCUUCGAAAUCUCAGAUCAUGAACUCUCUGCUCAGUAAACGUAAACAUGAUGUGUUUUAUCACAGACACUGCAGAGGAAGCAGCAAACACUGUGUCUUGAUGGGGGGAGUGGUGGAAAUCUGCUGGUUCUGUCCUGGGGGCGCAGGUGAGGACAGAUUCGACAACUGUGUGGCCUUCACCAAUCUUCACGGAGAUGCCAGGGAGCAUGAGCAGCAGCUGGCCUUCCUGCAGGAGGUCUCCUCUGUCAUCGUGAUCCUCAUGUCAGCUUCUGAUGACAGUAAAGAGAACCAAACACUCGUCAGAGACCUGUGUGAGUCACCAAUACCUUUGAUUUGCUUACUUGAUGACAAAGAAAACAUCAUGACUAAUAAUACUGGCAAAAGGGUGAGAAUUGGGGUCAGGAAUAGAAAUGAGGCAUUAUUAACAGAGAAGCUCACAACCACCAUAAAGCAUUUACUAGACCUCUCAAGCACUGCUGUUAGCAUAGAGGACUGUUCAGAGGUGGCUCGAAUACAAGGGUUCCUUGUUGAUGAAGACCAGAGAGACUGCAAGGAAGCCAAAGAAAAGGCAGAGACAAUAAUGGCCCUUUUAGCAGAAUCGAAGCUAUCUCAAAUAAAGGAAAUCUUCCUGCCUCUCCAGGGACAACUAUGGCACCUUUGGUGUGAAAAAGACAAAGAACUGUAUCAUCUGAGAGAAAAGGGAAAUCAGAAAGCUUUUCCUCUCAAUGAUGUCAUGCUCUCUGUCCUUACAAUCCUUCAAGAAAAUUCAGAAAUGCACAACAAACUCUACUUCUUGCAGUGGCUGAGUCUCUUUUGUGAGAACCUGGCAACAGGACACUUGGAAAAGUUACGUGAGAACCAAAGAUAUUUGUGGUCAAAGGUACAAGUUGAAAAACAGAAGACACAAAAGAGCAACUCACUGACAAGAUGGCAAAGUCAGAUAGAAGCCAUCUCCACAGAGAUUAAUGACUGUACCUUGGGAAUUGAGCAAUUACUCAGAGAAGUAUGCCAGAUCUAUGAAGCUCUGGAAGAAUCUUCCUCCACUAGAGAUAGCCUUUUUCUCUGCCUCCCUCAGAUUGCUGCAGACCUGAUGAUCUCUGGUGUUCCCAUUGAGCUGAUGGAUGGGGAUGCUUCAUAUGUGCCUCUCAAGUGGGUGGCAGCUGUUUUUGACAAGAUCUCAGAGAAACUUGGAGACAAGCAGCUGUUUGUUCUCUCUGUCCUUGGCCUGCAGAGCUCAGGGAAGUCCACCCUGCUGAAUGCCCUUUUUGGGCUGCAGUUCACAGUCAGUGCAGGCAGGUGCACCAGGGGGGCCUACAUGCAGCUCCUGAAGGUGGAAGAGACAUUCACAAAGGAACUUGGCUUUGACUUUGUGCUGGUUGUAGACACAGAAGGACUUCGGGCCCCAGAACUCAACAACAAAUCCCAGAACUGGGACAAUGAGCUGGCAACCUUUGUCAUUGGACUUGGAAACUUGACUCUGAUCAAUAUUUUUGGGGAGAAUCCCUCAGAGAUGCAAGAUAUCCUACAGAUAGCUGUCCAAGCCUUUCUGAGGAUGAAACAAGUGAAAAUCUCCCCCAGUUGUCUCUUUGUCCAUCAGAAUGUGGGAGAAGUUACAGCUAAAGAUCAAAAUAUGGAAGGACGAAGGUGCUUAGAGCAGAGACUGGAUGAAAUGGCAGUAACAGCCGCAGAACAGGAAGAGUGCUCAAACGUCACCCACUUCAGUGAUGUCAUCAAGUUUGAUGUCAAUAAUCACGUCUACUAUUUUGCCCACCUGUGGGAUGGCAAUCCCCCAAUGGCCCCUCCCAAUCCUCGCUAUAGCCACAAUGUUCAGGAACUGAAGAGCAGAAUUCUGUUGACUGCCCAACAGGAAUCCAGAGGAAGCAUCAUGAAGAUCUCAGAUGUCAAAUUCCGGGUUCAAGAUCUGUGGAGAGCCUUAGUAAAUGAGAACUUCAUUUUCAGUUUCAGGAACACUAGAGAAAUCAUGGCCAUGAGCAAGCUAGAAACCAUGUAUAACCACUGGACUUGGGAGCUGAGAAGUCACAUGCUGGACUUACAGAACCAGUUGAUCAAUCAGAUUCAGAAUGGAAAAGUUCAGGCACUGAAAACAAGCAUAUUUGAGGCUCCAGUUACAGAAAAGUAUACAGCAAUUAAACAAGAGCUUGAAAAAUAUUUUACUGAAGAUACAGAUAGCGAAAUAUUGAUUCAGUGGAAAUCAAAUUUUGAAAAUAAAUUAAUAAUCCUUAAAGAGGCACUUAUUUCAGACACCAGAAGAAAAGCAAAUGAGCUUAUUCAUUUCAAAAAAAAUCAAGAAAGGCUGGAUAAGAAAAAGACAAGUUAUGAAAAUGAAUUACUGGAAAGAAGCAGAAAGUUGGCUUUAACUGUAAAGGGUAAAGAAUUAAGUGAAGAAGAAUUACAUGAGAAAUUCAAUCAACUCUGGAAAAAAUGGGUCUGUGAUGUAUCCUCAGAUCUCCCUCCAAUCACAGAACCUGACAUUGAUGUAGAUUCUGAAAACAUCCUUUGGGAAUAUUUCCAAAAGGAGAUAAACAUGGUGGACAUCCUGAAGAGAAACUCUAGAGAUAAAUUUCAAAUCAAUUAUGAAGAGCAUGUAAAAAUGAAUAAGAAGUAUAACUUCAUGACUAGGACAUUAAAGGCCUGUGAUAGGGAAUCCAUUAAUGUGACUACUGACCACAUUAUUUCAAGAUUUAAUGAAACUAUCGACAAUAUUCUUAGGCAACAGUGUGAUUACAAUACAAGCUAUUUCCAUGAAAUCCUAAGAAUAAUAGAAGAAGAAGUGAAAUCUGCACCCACUGAGGAAAGAUAUACAUUUACAGGCAAAUACAACAUUGAGUUGUCUUUAUGCCUAUUUCGAAGAGCAUCAAAGAGCUUUAAGGAAAUGCAUAAGGCAUUCAAGAGAGCAAACGAUCCUGUAAACUAUCUGGAAAGCAAGAAAGAUGAUUUCUUCAUGAGUUUUAAGAUCUCCUGCCAAGGUGCGACCUCCAUCAAAACAUUUGUUGAUUUUUUGUGGCACAAGCUCACCCCUGCUAUCUCUGCCACCAUAAAGGGCAAAAUGAUCAUUAAAAUUGCUGGAGACAUGCAAGCUACCUGCCCUGCAUUCAAUGGGAACAGGGCUAACCUGGAGAAACACGUUCUCAUUUCUCUGGCAGAAGAAGAAAACUUUGAUAAUUACUGGCAAUACCUUCAUUAUACAAAAUCCUUUUUUAGCAGCUAUAUUGAGAAACAUAUUAAAAGAUACUGCUCAGAUGAAGGCAGUGAAAAAAUACAAACCUUCUUAAAAAUGAGUUUAGGUGAUAUCAAGAAUGCCAUCCUCUCUGCCAUUUAUGAGUCCACAGCAGUAGCUAAAGAUGAAAACAGCACUGCAUCUGGGUGGUUAGAUCUGUUCUGUGAUCACCUGGGGAGCAAUUUGAUCUUCCCACGAAGAGACUUAAUAAGCAUUGAGCACCAGGAGAUAAAGGACAUUGAGUUUCUCAAGGAAGCCAUGAGUGCAGCUUUGGAUCCCGCAAUGAGGAAAGUAGAAGAGAACUGUUCAGUUAUGCCCAUAGAUGAAAUGGUUCCUGAAAUUGAGAAAAUUCUAUCUGAACACCUCUGUGGCUGUUGGAAACAGUGCCCCUUUUGUAAUGCAAUUUGUACAAACACCAUUCCUUCCCAUGAAGGAGACCACAGUGUGCCCUUCCACCGUCCUCAGGCUGUCAGUGGAUGGCAUAAGCAUAAGACAGAACACUUUGUCAUUGACUGCUGUACUAGUUCAGUAGCAAGUGACCGCUUUAUGCUUUUGGGAAAUAACCAGGAAAUUCCAUAUAAGAACUACCGCCAGGCGGGAGGGGAUUAUGCCUCAUGGAGCAUCACCCCAGAUUCAUCCACUCAGCCAUACUGGAAAUGGUUUGUCUCACAUUUCAGAUCAAAGCUAGAAGAAAAAUACCAGAAAAAAUUUACAGAUACAGGUGAAAUCCCUGUUGCAUGGGCCACAAUCACAAAGGAGGAUGUGCUCAAAGACUUGAAAGAACAAUAG